AUGAAGGCUGCCGGCAUCUUGGCCCUGAUUGGCUGUCUGAUCAUGGUCACUGAGCCCAAAAUCUACACUCGCUGUAAACUGGCAAAAAUAUUUUCGAGGGCUGGCCUGGACAAUUACCAGGGUUUUAGCCUUGGAAACUGGAUCUGCAUGGCAUACUAUGAGAGCCGCUACAAUACAACAGCUGAGACCCAGCUGGAGGAUGGAAGCAUUGACUAUGGCAUUUUUCAGAUAAAUAGUUUCACGUGGUGCAGACGUGCUAAGCUACAAGAGAAGAACCACUGUCACGUUGCCUGCUCAGCCUUGAUCACAGAUGAUCUCACAGAUGCAAUUCUAUGUGCCAAGAAAAUUGCUAAAGAGACAGAAGGGAUGAACUAUUGGCAAGGCUGGAAGAAACACUGUGAAGGCAAGGACCUGUCUGAGUGGAAAAAGGGAUGUGAGGUUUCAUGA